AUGAGGCACAGCCAACAACUGGCCAUCCUCCUCUGGGUGGCCGCACUCACUGCUACGCUCGCGCUCUUCGUCUCGCCGCCGUCUCGCCAGUCCACAGGCCGACAUACCGCCAAGAUCCAUGGCAAGACGACCGGCGCCGGCUGCAAGAAGAGCGAUAGGACCUACGACAGUACGAAACUCAAGGAGGGCAGCUUCAUGCCGUGGAAGCUGCUGGGGUCCCAGACUUUACACAGCAGCGGCAAGCAAUACGUCACCAUCGUCAACCUGACGCCCCAUCGCUUCAAGCUCGACGAUGCUCACUCCUAUCAAAUGGACGAGUUCGACUUUGGCGACGUUCCCCAAGGCCGCGCGCGCCAGAACGUAGCUCAUUACACCGAGAGGGCGGGCGCAAACGACAAGGACGACAACGGGGAGGCACACUACAGCAUCGUGGGCACGAACAAGAAGUUUGUCAUCCGAGCCACCACCCACAUCCCAGAUAACCACCCCCGGCGGACAGUCAUUGACCUGAGCGGCAUGGGCAUGGGCCAGCGCGAGUACCUCGACCCGGCGCAGGAGUCGCCCGUGACGCUGGUCAUCACGGGCAGCAAAGACUACGGCUUCAUCACCUCGAUACGGCACGGCGCGGGGAACUGGAUGAAGGGCAUCUACGACGUCAUCAAGGACCGCCAGAUCCAGCACAUCUUCAUGCCGGGAACGCAUGACGCCGGGAUGAGCACCAUUAGCAGCAAGAUUGUGUCUCUUGGCAUCUCGUCAAACACGCAGACGCAGGGCAUCAACAUUUACAACCAGCUACGCGCAGGCGCGCGCUGGUUCGACCUGCGUGUCGCCUCCGUGCACGAAAACGCCAAAAAGAGCAAAUACGGCUUCUGGGUCCUGCACGUAAACGACGAGCGGGGUGAAGUUGCCAUUGGCAACUCGGGCGAGUCGCUCAACGACGUCGUCAGCGAGAUUAACAAAUUCACAGCCGAGAACCCCGGCGAAGUCAUCUUUUUCCGCGUCAGAUAUCUCAUCGGCAUCCGCAAGAUACCGGGCGGAGGGCCCAUCAACUGGAACAAGGACAUUCUCAACGCCUUUUUCGGCAAGCUCAAGGGCGUCAACAACCGGUGUCCACACCUGGACGAGGGCGUCAAGUUCAACAAGCAGAAGGCGUCACAGUUUAUGGACCGGAACGGCGGCAAGGGCUGCGUCGUCUUCAUGCUCGCGGGCGACCUGCCGCGCGACCUGCCCCAGGACUCCGUCGGCGACGGCAUAUACCAGGCCAACAGGAUGGAUAUCUGGGACAACUGGUCUGACCUUGGAGAGACGGAAGCCAUGGCAAAGGACCAGGUGGCCAAGUGGAAGACGGUUGGCCGAAGCGGGAAAUUUGACAAGGACCAGUUCCUCAUCGCACAGUGGAUCAUAAGCGCAGACGCCAUCAAGUCGACUUUUUACGGCAUUCAGACCAUGGCCGUCGAGCCGACCAACCCCGCGCUGUACUGGAUGGGCGUCAACAACAUGUCGCCCGAGAUCUGGCCCAACGUCGUGCUACUCGAUUAUAUUGGCGUCGUCGUCGCCGACCAGAAACGCUGGGAAGAGCUCAGCGCCGAGAUGUACACGCUGGCUAUCGGCAUGAAUCUAUACAUGAUAAGCGAGAACUGCGACGUCAGCACUCGUCGAUCACCGCUACUCCCCAAGGUCGGCAAGCACGGUGGCAAGGCGUUGCAAGCGAGAGAGCUGUCGGCGCCCUGGAACGGGUUCAUAUACGCCAACGGGACCGUGCUGGACAGCCCACCAGAGAACCGGUAUCCAGGACGUGUCAAGGUGCUCAGAAGCGGAACAAAGUUUGCCAACGGAACGAUUCUGACUGAAGACAUCUUGAACCCGUACUUCGUAAAAUGA